AUGUCUGGUCAGUUUGUUCUUGCUUCUCAGCUCACUCCACUGUGCAAUAGGAAGGCCAUUCGAGUUAGGCUGGUGCGAACAUAUGUUGUUUAUGAAAAUAGAGAAAACAAGGGGAUUAGCAGUCUGGAAUGCGUUUUCCAUGGUGUAGAGGGUGUGUUUGUUCAUUGUACUAUACCUAAGGAUCAAGUGCAAAAAUGGACCAAAUUCAAGGAAGGUUGUGUUUAUGGGAUAAAGAACUUCCUUUGCAUUACUAACUACUUGAAGUUCAAGACAAGUAAUCAUCAUUAUAUGCUUAAAUUUAAGCAUGAUAUUAUGGUUAAGGAGUACAAGAAAGUCAGUUUUCCUAACAAGAUUUUUCGUUUAAAAUCGAAAUCUUCCUUGGUUAGGAAGGAAGAUAUUGAUGAGAAGAUGCUCAUAGAUGUGAUUGGAAGGGUCACUGAAAUCUAUUCUCCAGUGGAGAGGGUUGUAGCAGGACAGAGAGCUAGGCUUAUUGAUUUUGUUCUGGAAGAUAUCAAUCAAGAUCAGAUUCAAUGUACUCUUUGGGGGGAUCAUGUGAACAGUUUGCUGCCUAUUUAUAGCUCAACAGUCACUGAAGAACCAGUGAUUGUUUUGCUACAGUUCUGUAGGGCAAAGAUCUUUGAUAAUGUAGAUGUGCACAUAUCAACUUCAUUUAAUGCAACAAAAAUUUGGAUCAAUCAGAAAAUGCCAGAUUUUGAGGAGUUUAAGAAAAGUUUAAGAACUCCUUUAAGAAAGUUGGACUCAAGCUCUAGACUACCUGGAUUUAGGCCAAAUCGUAACACUCUGAGUGAUGAUAUUGUCGUAACUUCUCUAAGUGAGAUUUACAACAGGAAGGAGCUAUGUGAGUAUUGGGUUGCUGUUAGGAUUAUGGAUGUUGACAGUUCAGAUGGUUGGUAUUACAUGUCCUGUAAGGGAACUAACUGUGGGAAAAAGCUAACUCCAAGAGAAGGUAUGAUGUACUGCUCUAAGUGUGACUGUAGCUGGCAUGAGGGGGCUGUCAAGUAUAAGGUGGUUGUUCGUGUAACGGACAGUACAUGUGAAGCACCUAUGCUCAUUUGGGAUAAGGAAUGUUAUGAUUUGGUUAGUGUUUCAGCUUCAUCCCUAAGAGAGAAGUAUGCUGAGAAUGCAAAAGGUUGGAUCCCACCUGAGUUGCAGUCUAUUUGUGGGAUGCCUAUACUAUUUAGGAUUUCUAUGAAGAAAGAUCAAGUGGACAGUUUGAGCUCUGCAUUUGGGGUGUUAGGGUUCUGUAGACAAGCUGACAUUGUUUCAAAACACUGUGGGAUUAUAGACUGUGAUUUAGAUGCAACAGAACAAACUCAUGAGGAUUCAUUUGGCCUGGAUGACUUUGGUGAUUUUGAAAUGGUUGGAUUUAAUGAAAGGGUUCUUCUGGAAAUGUUGCAAGCACACUUAAGAGGUCUCUAA